GCGGCCAAUGGGAGUGAGCGGGGCGAGCCGCCGUGACGUGGCGCGGCGCUGCCGGCGGCGGCCGGCCGAGGGGCGUGCGCGUGCGCGCGCGCUGCAGGCAGCCGUUUCUCUGCGGGGCGGCGGUUAACGGCCGUGGGCGCGCGCGCCCGCCCGCCCGCCCGGCGCGCGGAAGGGAGGAGGGCGGCAGCGUCCCCGAGCUCGUCCGCCCGGGCCCCGGAGAGGGCGGGCGGAAGGGCGCGAUGAUGGCAGCGGCGGCCGACCUGGAGUCCUCGCUGGAGCUGAGCUUCACGGGCAGCGGCACCAUGCCCGGCGGGCUGCCCCCCGCGCGCUCCCGCAUCUUCAAGAUCAUCGUUAUCGGGGACUCCAACGUGGGCAAGACCUGCCUCACCUACCGCUUCUGCGCCGGCCGCUUUCCGCAGCGCACCGAGGCCACCAUCGGCGUGGACUUCCGCGAGCGCGCCGUCACCAUCGACGGCGAGCGCAUCAAGAUUCAGCUAUGGGAUACAGCAGGGCAGGAGCGCUUCAGAAAGAGUAUGGUGCAGCACUAUUACAGGAAUGUACAUGCUGUUGUGUUUGUGUAUGAUAUGACAAACAUUGCCAGUUUUCACAGUCUGCCGUCAUGGAUAGAGGAAUGCAAACAGCACCUUCUUGCCAAUGAUAUACCACGGAUUCUUGUUGGAAAUAAAUGUGAUCUGAGAAGUGCUAUUCAGGUACCUACGGACUUGGCCCAGAAGUUUGCUGAUACUCACAGUAUGCCACUAUUUGAAACCUCCGCCAAAAACCCGAACGACAAUGACCAUGUGGAGGCCAUAUUUAUGACACUGGCUCACAAGCUUAAAAGUCACAAGCCAUUAAUGCUUAGUCAGCCCCCGGAUCGCGAUGAAAUACAUAUAAAGCCUGAACCAAAACCUGCCAUGACCUGCUGGUGUUAAAUCAUGCUAUUUGUUCAGCUAUCACCUUGUCUGUUUGUAUAUGCUUCAAAGUUGUGAUCUUGGCAAAGUUCCAGGUUUUGGUAGCAAUUAUAGCAAAUCUCUUUGGCACUUUAAUGUGUUUUUUCUUAUGUAAAUGUGCCCAUCUCAUUUUCUUGCACUUUGUAAUGUACUUUCUGAAUUACUGAUUUUUCACUAUAGAUACAGAGGAAAGUAAACUUUCAAGUGAAGUUUUGACAAAGCAAUUCUACUUGAGCUCUUGCUGCCUGAGAUCAUUUUUGUCACUUGUGGUAAGGUUAUAAAUAGUAGGCCUGUUUACUAAUGUUUUCGGUUGGUACUUCAUUCGAAUAAUGUUGGAGGAAAACUGUUAUGGGACAGACAGGUGACUUGUUUUUGAAUCACUGAUUGGGGUGAUUUUUGAUGUCUAAAGAAAUAUUUGAUGAAUGCUAGCAGAUUUUUGGGCAAGUACCUUUUUAUUAAAACAAUAGCAACAACAACAAGGCUGUCAGAUAAAGAUUAAGCUUUCAGUGUAAGUGCAUACUGCAGGCUUUAAUGCCCUGUCGUUCCACUCUAAACCUUGUCUAUUUCUUUGUGGUAAUGAUAACAGAGUUGAAAAACUUGUCCCUACCUCUGGAUAACUAUUUGAUACUUACAACUUCAUUAAUUCUUCUCAAUUAGCAUGUAAGACUAAACUGUGCAUUCCUUAUUAUGGAAAUUAUUGUAGCAUAGGACUUGGGAAAAUUUGGGAUUAUAACUAUCCACAGUUUUUCUGACCUAGCUAAAACUUCCAUGUUCAAUGAGGUUUUACUUGUAAAGAUGCUCUAUUUGAGCUGAGCAUCUGAGCAUAAUUAAAAAUACUUAAAUGAAUUAAAAUUUGAGUGAAUUUGGCAAAAGCAUCCUGGUUUUCAAAGGUAAGGCUUUCAGAGGAUGUUAAUCAUAAUGAAUGUUUUCAAAUACUUUGAAAAACACAGUUUUUUUACAAAUCAAUUUGAUUACGUUUUAGGGAUGGAAAUGCUUAGGAGAAAGUGUUACUUCUGAUGCCCAGUGUGACAUACAAAGUUGUGCCUUAGUCAUGGAAAAUGUGAAGGCCACCAUAUAUUAAUGGUCUGUAUUGUUCUGUGCCAGAACAACUGAUUUGAAGGCUUCUGUUCCGUGCAAAGGAGCUUGACUACAGACUUCCAUAAUUGAAGGUCAGUUUGCUUGCAUAAUGGUAAAACAGUACCUUCUAUUUAAAGAAUAGGGAAUAUGAGAAUUCUUUAAAACACUUCUGAAUACAAAAUCAAGUCAAUUCUGAAAUACGGAGAAAGUCUGCACAGGCAGAUCAUCUGUUAAAGAUUUUGGGCUAAAACCUGCUUCUAUGAUAUUAUGGAUUUAAGUUGGGCAUCCUGGCAUUAACUACAAUGAGUUUUUUGUUUAGUUUUGUUUUCUGUUUUUAAUCAGAAGAGAGAAACUGUUUGUUUGGAACCAUCUUCCUCUGGAUUCUCUUAGUUGCAACUAUUUUACUUCAGUUCUGUUGUUUGAAGGUCAACUUUUGUAAUGAAAAUGAUGCUAGGUUGCACAAAAUUAUAUAAAACAAAAGAAAACGUAAGCCAUAGAAUUUAAUCUAUGGCUUCAUUCAUAUGCCAUGAUGAAACAAUAUUUUGUGACUUAAUCUUCAAAGGAAUUGAAAUAAAAAUGAGGAUUUUUGAUUUAUAAUGUGUAGUGUGUGAUGCUGACUGGAAAAUAAAUGUAAGGGCAAAUUUAGAAGCUGCCAUCCUAGUGAUUACAUUAGAAAUAAUUAUAUUAUUGAAACAAAAUAACUACUAUUAUUUAAACUAUUAAAAUUAGUGCAACAUAAUUGUACUGCAAGUUAGAUUGAUAAAAGGAAAAAUUCAUUGACUUCUCCGUAGAUUUAGAAAGAGCAUUCAAUUUGGCCUAAUAUAAUUGGGAUAUUUAAAAAUUUCUGAACAAAAAAUACUAAACAUUUUUUCUGUAUAAAGCUGCUAUAACUGCAACAGUAAUUUUAUUUAUGCAACAUUGUAAAAGAGAACUUUUUCAUCCACUCUGCACAUUAAAUGACUAAAAUUUGGUUUACAGUCCUUUCACAAACAAUCAGCUCUUUAACACGUGUCCUUAAUGAUUUUUUUUUAUUUUAGAAAAGAAUUGAUCUUCAGUUUAUUUGUAUAGUAUUACAAAUAAACAUGGUUUACAGUCCUCUUGGACAAUUUAUUUUUCACUCGUGUCCUUAAUCCUUUUUUUUCAAAAGGAUCCAUCUUAAGUAUUUGUAUAGUAUUAAAUAUUUCAGCAAACUUUCUAAUUCUUUUUUUAUUUUUUAAAAUAAGAAGACAGAAUGAAGAAUUCCAAAGUCAGUCAGUCAGGUUGGGGGUUAAGCUGAGGAAAUUAUGUAGACACAAUAUUAGCGUUAAAUUUGACAUCAAACAUCUGUAAAUCUGCUAAGUUUUAUUUGAAUUAAUCACAACCUGUAAAUAAGGGCCCCUGUGUUAUUAAAAUUGUGUGGAAAUGUAAUCUUGCUUUCAGCACAAAGCAUGUUUUGAUGGUUCUCCCAUAACCAUGAUGUGGUCAUUAAUCCAGAAUCUGAUGUGGUCAUUAAUCCAGAAUCUGAUGUGGUCAUUAAUCCGGAAUCUGAUAUGCUUCCUGGCUCUCAGUAGUAAUGUUCUGCCCACAAAAUUGAUGUCAAAAGUACUGUAUACUUUGUAUAUGUAUUUUCACCUUACCGAAUUGUAAAGUUGGGCUAUUUUGUAUGUGGGGGUGGGGAGGGGGGGGAGGAUGCAAUCCCAGAAACCUAAUAAACUGGCUUUGCCACAAACUACUGUCACCUGUUUUCAGUGGUCUCAUACUAGGAAUUAUGACAUCAUUUCUUGGUAAAAUCCAUAAUAAAUUACAGUAAACAAGGUAGGAAAAAACAGCCUGUAGUUUUUGUUUACCUAGACAGCAAUUUUGUGAAAGACUCUCACAACACUUGUAUUACUGUCAGUGCUCUUUUGCGGUGUACCUCAGUUAUUUUGGAGCAUCUGAAGCACUCAUCUGAUGUUUCAGCACAUGUUUCAGAGGAGUCUUUUCCAUUACUCUUCUCCUAGUCUUGCCCCAUGUCCAGAAAAGCUCUUAACUUCACCUGUGAAAUCUUAGUUAUCUCAAAAGAUUGUCUUACAGUUUGCAUACACACACACCUCCAGCAAGAAAUUAGUUCUAGCUGCCGUUAAGCUGUUUUUUGGUAAAUGUCAUAGCCUUUUCCCCUGAAAGGACCUCUGAAAUUGUUGUGUUACCAUAUACUGUUUCACGACUGUCCUAUUAUGUUCUUCUAAUUCUACACUUAAUAGUGUAUUUUUAAUAAAAAAAUAGCUAAACACCUUUUAGAGAUGUUUUGCAUCUUUAAAGAUGAUUUGCAGUCAUUACUGGUUACACAGACUGUUAAUUCUACUGAAUGAUUAAAAACGUGUUUAGUGAA